AUGGCCGCCGCGCCGCCGCCCACGGUAACCAAGUCCCCGCCGUCGCUGGUCCCGCCGGCGGGGCCCACCCCGGGCGGCUCCCUCCCGCUCUCCUCCAUCGACAAGACCGCCGCCGUUCGCGUCUCCGUCGACUUCAUCCAGGUCUUCCCCGCCCCUACGUCGGGGAAUAAGGAGGACCGGAGCGCCUCCUCUGCGAUCGCGGCCAUGCGCGAGGGCUUCGCCAAGGCGCUCGUGCCGUACUACCCCGUCGCCGGCCGCAUCGCCGAGCCAGUCCCGGGGGAGCCUGAGAUCGAGUGCACGGGGGAAGGGGUGUGGUUCGUGGAGGCCGAGGCGAGCUGCUCCCUCGAGGAGGCGAGGAACCUCGAGCGCCCGCUGUGCAUCCCCAAGGAGGAGCUGCUCCCGCGUCCGCCGGCCGGGGUGCGCGUGGAGGACACCCUGCUGCUCGCGCAGGUUACGAAGUUCACAUGUAGUGGAUUUGCUGUGGGCAUUUGCUUCAGUCACUUGGUGUUUGAUGGGCAGGGUGCUGCACAAUUUCUGAAAGCAGUUGGUGAGAUGGCUAGGGGCCUCCCUGAGCCAUCGAUCAAGCCAAUCUGGGCUCGGGAUGCCAUCCCCAACCCACCUAAGCCACCCCUAGGCCCGCCACCGUCAUUCACCGCAUUCAACUUUGAGAAGUCAGUUGUUGAGAUCUCUCUGGACAGCAUCAAGCGUGUGAAGGACCAGGUUGCAAGUGAAACCAACCAGAAGUGCUCCACUUUUGACGUGGUCACUGCCAUAAUCUUCAAAUGUCGCGCCUUGGCAGUCGACUUUGCACCUGAUGCUGAGGUUCGCCUGGGCUUUGCAGCCAGCACUCGCCACCUGCUGAGCAAUGUGCUGCCCUCGGUCGAAGGCUACUAUGGGAACUGUGUGUACCCAGGUGGCCUCACCAAGACCAGCCAGGAGGUGAAGGAAGCUUCACUGGUGGAGAUCGUGACCGCGAUCAGGGAAGCCAAGGAAGCUCUGUCGUCGAGGUUCCUUGACUGGUUGAGCGGCGGCGCCAAGGAGAAGCACUACAACGUGUCACUGGACUAUGGCACCCUCGUCGUGACUGACUGGAGCCAUGUGGGUUUCAACGAGGUUGACUACGGGUUCGGCGAGCCAAGCUACGUGUUCACCCUGAACGACGACGUUAACAUCGUUCCCUCCGUUGUGUACCUGAAGCCACCCAAGCCCAAGCAGGGCAUCAGGCUGGUGCUGCAGUGCGUGGAAGGGCAGCACUCUGCCGUGUUCAGCGAGGAGUUGCAGAAGCAUGCAUAG